GGCAACUCCGAGUUUCUGCUGACCCUCGAACCGGCUCCGUGCGGAGGUGAGCCCCACACGGGGAGUCCUGAGUCCCGGGACAACCUGGCCAAAGGCGGGACCAGAGAAAACCCCAAUGUCCCAGAGAGAGAGCGGCCCGAGAGCAGCAACAAGAUGCUGGGGACCAGGUUUCCAUUUGGACUGUCAAGAGGCUCUUUUCAUAUUUCUAGGUUGGACAAGUGACCGAUGGACAUUAGCUGGUAUGAAGCAGGUUAUCAUUGUCGCCAGGGCAGCUCGUCUUCGAGUGCAGCCAGUAUCCUUACCUUCAGCACAGCACUGUGCUUGCUCCUGAUCCUGCGCGGAGCUCAGGGUCAGCCCAUCAAACAAACCAUGCCCCCUAUUAUGGAGAACAAGCCCUUUCUGGUCAUUUGGAACAUUCCGACAGAAAAAUGCAGGACUCACCGUGGUGUUGAUCUCCACCUGAAUGACUUUAAUAUAGUGACCAAUGAGAAUGAAGUUUUCAUGGGCGGGAAUAUCACAAUAUUUUAUACCUAUCAGUUGGGCAAAUAUCCUUACUAUGAAAACAAAAACGUGGUGAAUGGGGGCUGUCCCCAGAACACUAGCCUAAAUGAACACACGAGAAAGAUGCAGGCUGACAUUGAUAAGUAUUUGCCCUCCAAAUACUACAAGGGUCUGGCAGUCAUUGACUGGGAGGAGUGGAGACCCCAGUGGGUACGUAACUGGGGCACUAAAGCCAUCUAUCGUGAGAAGUCGGAGGAGCUGGUUCGAGCCAGGCACCCUGACUGGUCUCCUGCUCGAGUUCUGAAACAGGCGCAAUCGGAGUUUGACACAGCAGCAAACAAGUUCAUGACUCAAACUCUGAGGGUGGGUCAGUCAAUGAGGCCCCAGGCAUUGUGGGGUUACUACCUCUUCCCGGACUGUUACAAUUACCAUUACAAUGACAACUUCUCCAGUUACAAUGGGCGCUGCCCUAAUAUUGAGUUUGAACGCAAUAAUCAGCUGCAGUGGCUCUGGUCCAAAAGCAAUGCUUUAUAUCCCUCUAUCUACAUGGAGGAAAUCUUAAAAUCUUCGGAACAAGGAAGGCAGUUUGUGAGAGCACGGGUGCAAGAGGCCAUGCGUGUGUCAUUGACAGUGGACUCAGCGUAUGCACCACCUGUGUUUGUAUACUCUCGAUCACACUAUGCUUACACCUUCAACCCAAUGACACAGAUAGAUUUAAUGUACAGCAUUGGGGAAAGUGCAGCCCUGGGAGCAAGUGGAGUCAUUCUGUGGGGAAGUAUUGAAUUUUCUCGCACCAAGGUAAAUUGUCAGCAUGUGAAGGAUUACAUCAAGAAUACCCUGGGACCCUAUGUUGUAAAUGUCACUAUGGCUGCCCAGACCUGCGGCCAGUAUCUAUGCAGCAAACAUGGCCGAUGUUACCGCAAGCAUCCUCAGGAAAACAUUUACCUCCACCUGAAUAAAAGAUCCUUUAAGAUUGUCGCAAGGACUGAUCGCAGCACGUUCAGGGUCUACACCAAAGGCAGAUUAAGUUUCAUGGACAAGCGCCGAUUGAAAUCAAAAUUUGCCUGUCAAUGCUACAAGGGCUGGAGUGGGAAAUACUGCAAUCAGUCAAAAAGCACUGGCUCAGAUUGUCGGUUAGACAGCUCCCUUUUCAUCGCUGCUCUGUCAUCACUGAUAAUAUGGUUCCUCUCCUGAUAUGUCUAUCCUUAUACAAUGAAGUUCAACUCACAUGGUAUGGUGGACUGUGCGUGUCUGUGUGCGUCAGCAUAUUCUCACACUCAUUAAUACACACACUGAAUCGCAGACUCAGUCUCAGUCAUACACAUGUCCACACUCAUUACCCAGAAUACACUCUCACACUCAAAUUCACUCAUACAAAUUCAUUCCGACUCUCACACAAGCAUCCAUUCGCAAUCAUUCAUUCAGAUGCAUAAUCAGGCACACGCACUCACACUCAUGUUGUCCCUCUCUCUCACACAAAACACACACACACACGCGUGGCCAAUUGAAGGUGAUUGCUAUAUCCUGCAAAUGUGGAGUUAUGACCACAUCAGGUUAUAAACUGACGCAGGUUUUGGCUCUUUACCUGAUGAAAUGGGAUUAGAAAGCAAAUUGACAAAAUCUGUCUUUGAGGAGAAAGUGAGGACUGCGGAUAUGGAGUUCAGAGUUGAAACCUGUGGCACUGGAAAAUCACAGCAGGUCUAGCAGCAUCUGAGGAGC